AUGUCAUCGCUUGACACCUCCACUCCCGACGGCGGUAGUGUCCACCUCGCAAAAGAAGACAGCGUCUUCUCCGCCCAAGACGACCACCAUCGAAUCUUUUCGACGUGGAGGGAUAUGAUGCAGAAAGGAAUAUCAUAUGGCCCACGGACAACACAAAGAUAUUUCUUGGUAUACUUGGCUAUUUUGCUCGUGGUAUGGCUUGCCUGGCGGCUCCAUUUCGGACCCAAAUAUGCCCAAUACACACAGGAGAUACGGGAUAUGGACGCGUUGGUUGACACGAGGUAUGGCACGAAUGCGCGACCAAAGUCCAAGGACCUGAUCCACCUUCAAAAGAUGGAUCCGAAGCAUCUUCCAGUGGGGGACAAGCGGUUGAUCUUUGUUGGCGACGUACAUGGCUGCCUGGAGGAGCUGCAAGCUCUCCUUAAGAAAGUGGACUUCGACCAAAGCCGUGACCAUUUGAUCCUCACUGGCGACAUCAUCGCAAAAGGUCCUGAUUCCUCUGGUGUGGUUUCCCUCGCACAGAAGCUGGGAGCAUCUUGUGUGCGAGGAAACCACGAAGACAAGCUGCUUCGCACUUUUAGAAACAUGGAAGCAAAGCAGGCUUCCAUACCCGAAGUAGAUGAAGAGCGGAGUCGCGCGAGUGAUUUCCUUGGGGAGAAAUCUGGUUCAACCGGCGACAGCAAGCGCCAGAAGCUCGCCAAACAGUUGUCCAAGAGUCAACUUGCAUGGUUGAACUCCCGUCCUGUCAUACUGGAGAUCGGCCAACUACCUCGGAUCGGCCAAACUGCUGUGGUGCACGCAGGGCUAGUACCGGGUGUUCCCUUGGAGCAUCAAGAUCCCUACCAGUGCAUGAAUAUGCGAACUAUCGAUUUGAAAACGGGGGUGCCAUCCGAGAAGCACGAAGGCUUUGCUUGGGAGAGGCUCUGGAAUCACAAACAAAAGAAACUGCCCAAGUCCAGGAGAGUAACCGUCAUCUACGGCCAUGAUGCACGGCGAGGGAAGAAUAUUCAAAAGUACAGCAAAGGGUUGGAUUCGGGCUGCGUACGAGGCGGACAGCUGACAGGUCUGAUCAUUGACGCAAAGGGGAAGGAGACGUAUGUGCAGGUUCAAUGCAAAAAGUACGUGAGUUAG